CCGGAGCAGCCAAGACCACAUUGCCGCUGUGAGCCGCGGAGGAGGACGACGUGUCAUUCCUCGCGCUAGGAGUUGUAUUAGUUAUAUCCUCAUUAUUAUCAGCAUUUAUCUGAGGACACAUUUUAUUCUUUUAAUCUCCAAGUUGGAUUACUUUGAUCUCGUCCCGCUGUGGCCUUUGAGUCAUCGGCGCGCGGUCCCGCUCCAGGACGCAGCGCUGGUGCGUCAAAGCUGCAGUUCGGAGUUUCCUGAUCUUUUUCAUUUCAUUUUUUAUUUAGUUCUGCUAGAUCCCCCACUGACACGAUCAUGUGCGGCUCGGGAUGAGAACGGGAUGCCCACUCUGUGAAGCGGCGGCCCGGUAGAGAGAUGGACGGACGGACGUGUUGCGUUCAAAGACGCGCACUGGAAUAACACGGUGCACGGACAGCAGGAUCAGCUCUACCGCGCUCGGCUGUUUUUGUCUUGGAGUUCAACCGAUAUUUUUUCUUCUUCUUCUUCUUUUUCUUCACCCCCCCACCCCUAUCCCUAUCCCCCCCCCCCCCCUGCCGCCACUACCACUAUCAUCUCUGGAUUUGUUACGUUUGGUGGUGCAACAUUGUAUCCCUUCAUGUAGGCGUGGAUCACCUGCUAUGCGUCCGGGGUGGAACAUACCUGGAGGAAGGUGCACAUCGGGAUUCAGCCGGAGACCACAGGACAUCCGCUACUGAGGGAGAAGAAGAAGAAAAAAGGAAAAGACCCGUUUUCUACUUUUGAAUCUGUGCGUAAUGCACGUGGAAUGAAAACAGAGGAUGGAUAUAAUUUGGGAAAUAUUGAUCAUUCUUCAUGCCAACGUUAUCGUCUGCAUAUCAGCACAGCCGAAUCUGCCGAAGAUUCACGAAGGAUGGUGGGCGUACAAGGAAAUGGUGCAGGGCAGCUUCGUUCCAGUGCCGUCGUUCUGGGGGCUGGUGAACUCGGCCUGGAACCUGUGCUCAGUGGGGAAGAGGCAGUCGCCGGUGAACAUCGAGACUAGCCACAUGAUCUUUGACCCCUUCCUCCAACCCAUACGGCUGAACACGGGCGGACGCAAGGUGGUAGGGACCAUGUACAACACAGGCCGCCACGUCUCCCUGCGAUUGGACAAGGAGCAUCUGGUGAACAUCUCCGGGGGGCCAAUGACGUACAGCCACCGCCUAGAGGAGAUCCGGCUACACUUCGGCAGCGAGGACGGCCAGGGCUCCGAACACCUGCUGAACGGACAGGCCUUCUCCGGAGAGGUUCAACUGAUCCACUACAAUCAUGAGCUGUACACAAAUUAUACAGAAGCUGCUAAAAGCCCCAAUGGAUUGGUCAUAGUGUCCAUAUUCAUGAAGAUUGCGGAGACAACAAACUCAUUCCUGAAUCGAAUGCUGAACAGAGACACCAUCACCAGAAUAACAUACAAAAAUGACGCGUAUCUAAUGACCACCCUGAACAUCGAGGAGAUCUACCCGGAGACGAGUAGCUUCAUCACGUACGAUGGAUCGAUGACCAUCCCUCCGUGCUUUGAGACCGCCACGUGGAUCCUGAUGAACAAACCGGUGUACCUCACGCGCAUGCAGAUGCACUCCUUGCGGCUGCUGAGCCAGAACCAGCCGUCUCAGAUCUUCCUGAGCAUGAGCGACAACGUUCGCCCGGUCCAGCCGCUUAACAACCGCUGCAUCCGCACCAACAUCAACUUCAGCGUGCAGGGCAAGGACUGCCCCAACAACCGGGCUCAGAAGCUCCAAUACCGAGUGAACGAGUGGUUGCUAAAGUAGCCUCAACUUGGAUGAGCACGGAGACGGGGGACGGAGCGACGAAGAGAGCGGGAUGAGGAGGAGGAGGAGGAGAAGGGAGAGAGAGAUGGGAAGUGGGGCUCGGAGGCUGCAUCUCAUCCCAGAUUACUUCAUGGCAUUGUAUAAAGACGACACCGGACAUUGUACCAGUUAAGGAACUUUGUAUCGCGAGCGAAGAGACUCUUCUUUUCAUACAAGGAGAACAGUUUGAUCCCCUCGACCUAGCACACGCUAACAAGCCCUGUUACCCCCCCCCACACACACACACACAACUAUAUCUAUACCAACACUUUGAUACCAAAACUUUUUGGGGGGAAGAAACCAAAAGAAACACUUGGAAACAUAGUAAAAAAAUAUAUAUAUAUAAAUUUAAAAAACAGGGAAGCUUUUAUUUGAUAGCCUCCUAACCAAUAGGGCGACGUUGGGACUUUAAAGCCUUUGUACAUACGAAAUGUUGCUGACUGGGGAAAAUCCAAGGACUUGAGUCCCUGCCCCCGUCCUCCCGGUGGUCACCGCGGCCCCACGCAGAUGUUCCAUUACCCACAAGGCAUGCUAUCAGCAGACGUGACAGCGAGGGAACGCCGCCUUACUGUUGCCCCGUCAUGUUUUUCUAUGUCGUGUCACGGGAGACGAGCGAAUACUCACACAGGCUUUCCCGUGGCCUCGGAACUAUCAGUGUCUUGGCCUCGUUUGUACAUAUUAUAAUGAUCAAUAAUGCAGAAAAAUGAAUAUGUAAAGAAAAAGUCAUGAAGUAACUUUUAAAAAGAUAUAUUAAGAGAAUUAAAAAAAUAAAAAUAAAACACAAAUGAAGAGAAGAAAAAAAAAGAACAUUUAAAAAAGCUUGGUGGCGCACUUUGAAGUACGGAACGGUUCUCGAGUAUGAGCUGAUGCCUUUUUUCUGUUUUAUUGUUUACAAUGGUCAUACACUGUGUUUGAGUGAUGUUAUCAGCCCAAUAAAUGUGUCUGGAAAGUUCCCUUUGGCAAAAAAAAAAUGCUUCACUAUAUGAGGAUUGUACCUGUAGCUGUUUUGUACUGUUCCAUAUUAAAUGUGUUGGAUCUUAA